AUGCGCUUUUUCGCAUUUUUCUCCCUUCUUCUUCUGCCGCUGCUGUCGGCGGCGACGGAUAAUGGCAAGACUACCGACGUCACGUGGGACAAGUAUAGUCUCUCGGUGAAGGGGGAACGGAUUUUUAUUUAUUCGGGCGAAUUUCAUUAUCAGAGAUUGCCGGUUCCGGAGCUCUGGCUUGAUGUGUUUCAGAAGUUGCGUGCGAAUGGAUUCAAUGCUGUUUCUGUUUACUUCUUCUGGAGCUUUCACUCUGCCUCGGAGGGUACUUUCGACUUUGAAAACGGCGCACAUGAUAUUCAGCGGGUCUUCGACUAUGCUAAAGAGGCUGGUCUCUACGUGAUUGCCCGUGCAGGUCCCUAUGUCAACGCAGAGACCUCGGCUGGUGGCUUUGCUUUGUGGGCAUCAAAUGGUCAAAUGGGAAGUGCACGAACCAGUGCAUCAUCCUACUACGAAAAAUGGCGCCCGUGGAUUCUCAAGGUUGGCGAGAUCAUUGCCAAGAACCAGAUCACGAAUGGCGGACCGGUUAUUUUGAACCAGCAUGAGAAUGAGCUACAGGAGACGGUCCAUGAGGCCAAUAAUACACUGGUCCAGUACAUGGAACAGAUUGCUGAGGCAUUUAGUGAUGCGGGUAUCGUUGUUCCCAGCUCGCACAACGAAAAGGGCAUGCGCGCGCAGAGCUGGUCGACGGAUUAUCAAGAUGUCGGUGGUGCUGUCAACGUCUAUGGGCUUGACUCCUACCCCGGUGGACUAUCGUGCACGAACCCGGAUUCUGGAUUCAAUUUGGUCCGAACUUACUAUCAGUGGUUCCAGAAUUAUUCCUAUACCCAGCCGGAAUACCUCCCUGAGUUCGAAGGUGGAUGGUUCCAGCCCUGGGGAGGGUAUUUUUACGACCAGUGCGAGGCAGAGCACUCGCCUGAGUUUGCGGAUGUCUACUACAAGAAUAAUAUCGGCUCCAGGGUGACUCUGCAGAAUCUUUAUAUGGUUUUCGGCGGCACAAAUUGGGGUCACAGUGCUGCGCCGGUUGUUUACACAUCGUACGACUAUGCGGCGCCCUUGCGAGAGACCAGGGAGAUUCAGGAUAAACUUAAGCAGACUAAGCUUCUUGGUUUGUUUACCAGGGUUUCUUCUGAUCUCCUGCAGACCUAUAUGGAAGGGAAUGGUACGGGGUAUACUAGUGAUGCGAACAUUUUCACCUGGGCUCUUCGCAAUCCGUCUACCGAGGCGGGCUUCUAUGUCCUGGCUCAAUCUAAGAGUUCCUCUCGGGAUGUGACUACCACUUCGUUGAAUGUCAACACCACAGCUGGGGCUAUCACAAUCCCGGACAUUGAGCUAGAUGGCAGACAAAGCAAGAUCGUCGUCACAGACUACAAAGUCGGAAAGGCCUCCAGCCUCCUAUACUCAUCUGCCGAAGUUUUGACCUAUGCUACUCUCGAUGUGGAUGUCAUCGUUCUCUACUUGAAUAUCGGUCAAAAGGGUGUUUUCGUUUUCAAGGACGCACCAGAACAUUUGAUUUUUCAGGCUUACGGCAAUUCAAAUGUAACAUCUUCAACGUCAACCCAUGGAACUCAGUACUCCUACACGCAAGGUGAAGGGACGACAGUGCUCAAGUUUUCAAACGGAGUUCUUGUCUACCUGCUAGACAAAGAGACUGCAUGGAAGUUCUUCGCAGCCCCGACAACUUCCGACCCUCAUGUUUCGCCGAGCGAGCAGAUUCUCGCCCUUGGUCCCUAUUUGGUUCGAUCUGCAUCCAUCAAUCAGGAUACCGUCAGUCUCGUCGGUGACAAUGCAAACAAAGCAUCCAUCGAGGUCUAUGCGGGGAACUCCAAAGUCAAGAAGAUCAAGUGGAACGGCAAGUCCAUUUCAACGAAGAAGACCGCAUACGGAAGCUUGAUCGGUUCCGUCCCAGGAGCAGAAGAUGCGAAGAUCUCACUGCCAACUCUCAGAUCUUGGAAGUCUCAGGACACAUUGCCAGAGAUUAAGCCCGACUACGACGAUUCGCGUUGGACUAUCUGCAACAAGUCCACGACAGUCAAUUCCGUCGCUCCGUUGACACUCCCUGUACUUUAUUCUGGUGACUAUGGAUAUCAUGCCGGUACGAAGGUGUAUCGAGGUCGCUUUGAUGGUAAGAAUGCGACAGGUGCAAAUGUCACUGUUCAAAAUGGUGUCGCAGCCGGAUGGGCCGCUUGGCUGAAUGGUGUGUAUGUCGGCGGAGCACUAGGCCACCCAGAUCUUGCUUCGACAUCUGCGGAUCUCCAGUUCAACAGCUCCUCUCUUCGUGAGAAAGAUAAUGUCCUCACCGUCGUGAUGGAUUACACCGGACACGACGAGGCAAACGUGAAGCCAGCAGGUGCACAGAAUCCUCGCGGAAUUUUAGGGGCGCAUCUCGAGGGAGGAAGCUUCACUUCCUGGCGUAUCCAGGGCAAUGCUGGUGGGGAAGCGAAUAUCGAUCCUGUUCGUGGACCUAUGAAUGAAGGCGGACUGUAUGGUGAACGUCUGGGCUGGCAUUUGCCCGGCUAUAAAGCGCCGAAUAGUGCUGGCAGUGAAAGUCCGCUUGAUGGCUUCUCUGGUGCUAAAGGCCGUUUCUACAUGACAACUUUUAAACUGGACCUGGAUAAGGAUCUGGAUGUUCCUAUUGGGCUGCAGCUCAGUGCGCCAACAAACACCUCCGCCAGCGUGCAGAUCUUCAUGAAUGGGUACCAGUUCGGUCAUUACCUUCCGCAUAUUGGGCCGCAGACGCUGUUCCCAUUCCCGCCGGGAAUCAUCAACAAUCGUGGUCAGAAUAAACUGGCGAUUAGCAUGUGGGCGUUGACGGACGAAGGCGCUCAGUUGAGCCGGGUUGAGCUGAAAGCUUAUGGAGCGUAUCGGACUGGGUUCGACUUCAACCAGGAUUGGUCAUACUUGCAGCCGCAGUGGAAAGACAAUCGGAGAGAGUAUGUUUGA